AUUCCGUGGUGGGUGGGGUGGGCCCUUCCCCGGAAGUAAGUCAGCUACGUCACAUGUUUUAAGAUGCGUUCGAGCUGAAUCAGCAUCGGGAUGAUGUGUGGUUGAAGCCCUGCAGUGUCUGGCCGGUCUACUUGCCACUUACUGUGUUUGGUUUUGGCAUGGAUGAAACGAGCCCCCUUCUCUCUCCCCAUCAGGAUUCGCCUAAUUAUAGUCAGCCCCCUGCCGACCCUGCGAUUCACCAGGGCGCGCUGAGGGGGCUGCCAGGGUCGGCGGUACGAAUUCCUCCCGGGAGCCCGGGAUGCAGCCAGGGGCGACAACCGGGGCUGGAGCGGGGUAGGGGGAGCACUCAGCGGGACUUCAAUUGCGACGAGUUCCUGGACGAUCCGGAGUUCAGGGAGAUCGUUAGAAAUGCAGAACGAGCAAUCGAGGAAGGGUUUUUCCCAGAAAGGAUCUACCAGGGAUCCAGCGGCAGCUAUUUCGUUAAAGAUUUACAGGGGAAGAUCGUCGGGGUGUUCAAGCCCAAGAACGAGGAGCCGUACGGCCAACUGAACCCCAAGUGGACCAAGUGGUUGCAGAAGCUAUGUUGUCCCUGUUGUUUCGGCCGGGACUGCCUGGUGCUGAACCAGGGCUACCUGUCGGAGGCUGGAGCCAGCCUGGUGGACCACAAGCUGGAACUCAACAUCGUUCCCAAGACUAAGGUUGUCUACUUGGCCAGUGAAACCUUCAACUACAGCGCCAUUGACCGAGUCAAAUCCCGCGGAAAGAAGCUGGCCCUGGAGAAAGUGCCAAAAGUGGGCCAGCGUUUUCACAGAAUCGGGCUUCCUCCCAAGGUGGGAUCAUUCCAGUUAUUUGUAGAAGGCUACAAAGAUGCAGAGUUUUGGCUUCGACGAUUUGAGGCAGAACCACUGCCGGAAAACACUAAUCGGCAGCUGCAGAUGCAGUUUGAGAGGCUUGUGGUCUUGGAUUACAUCAUCAGAAAUACAGAUCGAGGGAAUGACAAUUGGCUUAUAAAAUAUGACUGCCCUACGGACGCCGGAGCAAGCAGAGAUGCAGACUGGGUGAUGGUGAAGGAGCCCAUUAUCAAGCUGGUUGCCAUAGACAAUGGCCUGGCUUUUCCCCUCAAACACCCAGACUCCUGGAGAGCCUAUCCAUUUUACUGGGCUUGGCUGCCACAGGCUAACGUUUCCUUCUCGCAGGAGAUCAAGGACUUGGUCCUGCCCAGGCUUUCUGACCCAAAGUUUGUCAAAGACCUCGAGGAGGACUUGUAUGAAUUGUUUAAGAGAGACCCCGGGUUCGACAGAGGGCAGUUCCACAAACAGGUGGCAGUGAUGAGAGGACAGAUCCUCAACCUCAGCCAGGCGCUGAAGUACAGGAAGACGCCGCUGGAGCUGGUCCAGAUGCCGCCGGUGCUGGUGGAGACGGUGCGGAACAGUCAGCGGUCCAACAGCGAGUCUUACACACAGAGCUUUCAGAGCCGCAGGCCCUUCUUCACCUGGUGGUAGAACUGGGGGCUGACAGGGAGGGGGGG